AUGGAAACCUUCGAAGCCAAGCUAGCCCAGGCUACAGACCCAAAGAACCGCGACCUCCUUGGAGCGUUGGGACUAGUGGUAAACAGCAAAGGAGAAACGCUCUACCAACAUGCGUCGGGCUACCAGUCGCUCGCGCCCGAUGCAGCGCCGCUUGACCCUGACAGCACUGUAUUUAUGGCUUCAGCGGGCAAAUUUGUUACCCACAUCGCAGUUCUGCAGCUCGUGGAGCGCGGAGUCAUCGGUAUCGACGACCCUGUCUACAAACUCCUUCCAGAGCUGGAGAAGCUCGAAAUCAUCUCGCCGAGCAUCGAUGAAGAAGUUGGAUUCACCCUGCGCCCCAUCAAGAACCAGAUUACCCUCCGCCACAUGCUCACACACUCGAGCGGCAUCGGGCCAGGCGACGAUGCUUUGACGACACUGUGGAAGGCGGCGACGCCGCCACAGGAGUUCCCCGAAGGAACGUCUGGAGUCGUAAAGCUGUUCUCGACACCGUUGCUCUUCGAACCGGGGGAGGACUGGAGCUACGGGCACAGCAUCCACUGGCUACAGCCCUUGGUGGAGCGUGCCUAUGGCAAGAAGUUCACGCAGUGCAUGCAGGAGCUCGUCUUCGAUCCUAUGGGUCUGAAGCACACAAGUUACCUCUCUCACCUACACCCGGAGAUCAGUGGGAAGCUCUUGCAGUGCGUCAAGCGUCAAGAUGAUGGCGGUGUGGCUCUGCCUGCACCGGAUGAGGCAUUGCAAGGACUGGUCAUGAGCAUCUCGGACGUGAAGACCCUCCUCGUAGACUUGAUCGGCAAGGAAUCAAGGCUUCUGAAGAAGGAGCACGUAGAUUUGUUAUUCGAGCCCGCUUUUGGACCCUCGACGGCAGCAUUGGAGACUGUUCUCAAGGACGAGGACACCUUUGCGAAGACCAUUGGAUAUAAGGAGGAACAAGGGUGCAAGGUCAACUUCACCUGCGCCGGCGCGUUGGUCACCGAGGGACAUACUCCGGAGUCACAGUUGCCAGCGGGGACUUUGACUUGGAAUGGGUGGCCGAACCUGAUCUGGACAAUGAACAGGGAGAAAGGGAUAGCCACAUUGUUUGCGACGCAGCUGAUCCCUGUGGACGACGAGAAGACGCUCACCCACAUGAUAGAGUUCCUGAAGGGCGCGUGGACGACGUUUGGAUAA